ACCAGUAUUUUGAGAAUCCACCUGAAUACAUCAGGAGUCUGGACUCGUUUAUUCAACAAUAUAAUGAUAGUCUCUAGGACUUACCUUAUGCGUCACACGCAUAGGUGGGAUUUGACUUUGGAAGGCCAACCUCCACAUUCUUUUAUUGUCGUUGUAAAUUUGUUGAAGCGCGUUCUACUUCCCACCUGAACUCCAACCUCACCACCAAACGCCUGAAAUGUGCACAUAUAUAAGUAGAAUAUAUAGCAUGUCUAUGAAACUUAAAACAACCCACAAUCAUGGCUUCUCUCGUUGGAGGUUCCGCUUCUGCGCAACGUGCCGGACCGGACAUGGAAGACGAAGACGAUCUCUUCGAGAUUGAUCUCGAUUCGGUUGACAGCAUUCCUCAAACACAGUACUACUGGAAGAGCUAUUUCACAGAGACCGGAAAUGCAUUGCUUGCCAAUUGCCUACUGCCGGUCACUGACAUCUCCCGUGCCAUCCCCAUGGUUUCGAAGGCACUGUCGUCGUCGGAGCGGACUGGCAAUGUUGUAAUGAUCCCACAGGCCGUGCCCUUGGGGCAGCUUCUAGGGUUGCCAUUCCUGGAGGCUUUUGGGCUUCACCAAAAGGAAAUGAAACAAAUGUGCAAUCCGAUUAGGAAAACUGAAGCUCAUUUGGAUGUGGGGCCUGAGCCACUAGAAGGAAGGUAUCACUUUGUUUAUGGGAGAUGAGUGCUGGUCUCCCAAAAGUCCAACCGAAGAAAAAGGAGAAAAGAUUUACGACUUUUACUUGUAAAUGUCUACUAAUUAAUGAUAUCCUCUCUGUCAACUAAAAGAGGGUGAAAAUACCAAUUAGUCUUCUAUCACAAAAAAAAAUUAAAUUUACGGAUUUUAAUGAGAUUUGCGAUCACGUCACUUGUUCUUUCAGAGUCAACCACUUUUUAGUAGCAUCAUAGGGCAACUGUAUGUACGGAGUGACUUGAUGGUAAUCAAUUAUGCAUUUGAAUUCAAUGGUUGAAGCCUUGAUGUCCA